CUAGCACCCAGCACCCGGGGCCGACGAUGGCCGAGGCCGCGGACGGGGACCCCGAGGACGGGGAUUUCCCUCUCCUCAUGGACUACGCGCACGGCUUCAUGGUCUCGCAGGUCCUGUUCACGGCCUCCGACCUUGGCCUGUUCGAGGCCCUGGCCGCGGGGCCCCUCGAAACCGCCGCGGUUGCCCGGGCCCUGGGUUCGAGUCCUCGGGGGACGCGGCGGCUGCUGGACGCCUGCGCAGGGCUGGGGCUCCUGAGCGCGGAAGACGGCGGGGGCGGAGGAGGUGAUGACGCCACGCCCCCGAUGACAUCAUCGCCCCGGCCCCGCCUUCUCUCCCCGCAGGCCCCGCCCCCAAUGACCUCGCCCUUCCCGCAGUCCCCGCCCCUUCUCGCGGGCCCCGCCCCCGAUGACAUCAUCGCCCCGGCCCCGCCCCCUCUCCCCGCAGGCUCCGCCUUCUCCCUCACGCGUCUCUCGCGCCGGUUCCUGCUGGCGGGCAGCCCCCUGUCUCAGCGCGCGAUGCUGCGCUACCUGGCCGGGACGACGGCGCGGUGCUGGGGCCAGCUGGGCGGGGCCGUGCGGUAGGGGCGGGGCCUGGGGUGGACGGGGCCUAUGGGGGCGGGGCCAAUGGGUGGGGCCAGCGGAACGGGGCGGGGCCUGGGGUGGGCGGGGCAUCGGGUGCUCACGGCCUUUGACCUCUCGGAGUUCAGGGUCAUCUGUGACGUCGGCGGCGGCUCCGGAGCCCUGGCCGCGGCCUGUGCCCGCCUCCACCCCGCCAGCUCCGUGUCCGUGUUCGACACCCGCGACGUCGUCGCUGCCGCCCGCGCCCACUUCCGGCGCCCACGGGGGGACCCGCCCGUCCGCUUCCUGGGAGGCGACUUCUUCCGGUCCCCGCUCCCGCGCGCCGACCUAUACAUCCUGGCCCGGGUCCUGCACGACUGGACGGACGCAGACGCCGCGCAGCUGCUGGGGAGGAUCGGGCGCGCGGGCGGACCGGACUCUGCCGUCCUCCUGGUCGAGGCCGUGCUGACCCCCGGGGGCCGCGGCCCGGCGCGCGCGCUGCUCCUAUCGCUGACGAUGCUGCUGCAGACGCGCGGCCGCGAGCGCACGGAGGCCGAGUUCCACGCCAUGGCCGCCGCCGCAGGCUUCUCCCGCAACAGGCGCCACCCUACCGGGGGCGACCUUGAGGUCAUGCUGGCCAGGAAGUGA